CCCGCCGCCCACAUUGACGAUGCCCCGCCCCCUUCCUCCUUCCCAUCUCCGUCUCCGGUCGCGACCCCCCUCCCUCGCCCCGCCGCCCACAGUAACGACACCCGGGCCCCUUUCCUCCUUCCCAUCUCCGUCUUCGGCCUCGACCCCCUCCCCCGCCACGCCGCCCACAUCGAUCCCAUCUCCCUCCUCGACUCCGAGACUGCCUUCUCUUCCUCCUCCGACAACGACACCGGCGAGGCCUCCGCUGCCACUGCUCCGUCAUUCCCGGAGCUCGAGGCGGUCGUGGGGCGGUCGGUCACGGCCUUGGGUGGCACCGCCUUCCCCAAGCUGAACUGGAGCGCCCCCAAGGACGCCCGGAGAUGGAGUUCGGGUGCUUCACCUGCUGCCGCUGCCUCGUCGGCAUCUCCCAGCACGAGGCCACCGGCUUCUAUCCGGCGCUCGUCGAUCGCUGCCACAAGAUCCAGCCCCUUGUUGAGGCCUUCUUCGCCAAGGUCGUGAAGCCGAGAUACAGAGAGGCAGAUCUGGUGGGAGAUCUCGGCGGUGGUGCUGAGCGGGUUUGCCGGAGAAACGACGACGCCAAGGUAGAGGAGGGCGAAGUAAGUAGGAGGACGUCGA